AAAGCAUCGCGAGAUUUCGGCUUGACGUACACGCGCGCGCGCGCGCACACACACGCACAGUGAAAUCUCGCGAGAUCCUGAGUUGCCUCAGUACGUGGCUGAAAACCAAAACAGUGCAGCUGCAGCAGCAGGAGCAGGGGUAGGAGCAGUGCAGGAACCAGGGGAGGGAGAAGAAGGAGAAAGAGAGAGAAUUCAGCAAUGUAAGAGCUUCAGGAGAUUCAUUAGGCUGUGUUUCAUGUGCAAAAUAGAGGAGAGCAUUAAUCAUUAGCACUGAUUUAUCGUGUCUCUCAGAGUGACUCAGCUAGCUCAGGUUGGAGCUUCAGUAUCAAUGCCGCUCUGAUCCUCAUCCUCCUCAUCAUCUGAUCACACAAACACACGGUGGUGGAUAUGGAGUCUUCUCUGGAGUUCAGCAGCUCCCUGACCAGCUCCACACUGCCUCCUCCCCGCACCCGGAUCUUUAAGAUCAUAGUGAUCGGAGACUCCGGGGUGGGAAAAACCUGCCUGACCUACCGCUUCUGCGCCGGCAAGUUCCCCGACAAAACCGAGGCCACGAUCGGGGUGGACUUCCGCGAGAAGGUGAUCGAGAUCGACGGCGAAAAGAUCAAGGUUCAGCUCUGGGACACAGCGGGUCAGGAGCGUUUCCGUAAGAGCAUGGUGCAGCACUAUUACAGAAACGUCCACGCCGUGGUGUUCGUGUACGACGUGACGAGUGCGGCGAGUUUCCGCAGCCUCCCCGCCUGGAUCGAGGAGUGCAGGCAGCACGCGCUCGGCCACGAGGUGCCUCGGAUCCUGGUGGGCAACAAAUGUGACCUGCGUCACGCCGCCCAGGUGAGCACCGAGGUCGCGCAGCAGUUCGCAGACGCCCACUCCAUGCCUCUGUUCGAGACGUCCGCUAAGAGUCCUCAGGGAGGGAGCAACGACAGCGACCAUGUCGAAGCCAUCUUCAUGACGGUGGCACACAAGCUGAAGUCGCAGAAGCCGCUCAUGCUGAGCCAGCCGGCCAACACGGUUACGCUGAGGGGGCGGGACCAAGAGGAGGAGGAGCAACGCGGGAGCUGGGGCUGCGGUUGCUGGAGGAGCUAAUAAGGGGUUUAUGAUAAAUCUCUGAAUUUACCAGACGCCUGGAAAAGGGGAUGUCGCAGGUUACGGAGGACGAAUCGGCUAGGACAAGGGGAUACGCGACUGAUAAACCACAUCCUAAGCGUGACAACGAUGCUAGCGACUUCAGUAUCUAUCUAACUGGACCUUACCUCUUCUGUGGAAAUCUAUAACUCAUGGACGGGACUCAGUUCGACAGUUUUAAUCCGAGAGAAAACGAACGAUUCUGCUUGUGAGACUCAUCACGGCUGAAUAACGCUGUCGUUUCCUGGCAACGUAAUAGCCGAAGACAAAACACCUAACACGCAUGCAAACACCAUACGAGGAAAAUUUUUUUUUUCUUUUGGAUAUUGGACUUUCGAAUCCCGCACCGCGCUAGGAAUAUAACUGCUUACGCAAUACGCACAGGAAAACAAAUCGCUUUGACUUGAAGCCUGUUAUAAAUCACAGGUCUGCUUUUAUUACACAGUGAACGCAGUCGUAUUUAAUAAUCGGAGACGAGUUCGGAUUUCGGUGUUUUAAUUACACGCAAAAUACUAUAGAUAAGCUCUUGUAACGGACGAACCAUCAGUCCUGUGCAGAGAUUUCAUUAAAUAACUGAAUUGGGAUUUUUAACAAGACGAAGAUGAAACGUACGACUGCGUUUUAGUGGCAAGUUGAAUGUAUUAUUUAUUUAUUUAUUUUUUUGAAAAAUCAAAGAUUACGAGAUUAAAGUUGUACUAUUUCGAGUCAUAUUUGAGUCCCUGGCGAAGUCGAGUUCAAAUCCUUCACGGUCGAUUGUGUCGUGAGAAACAAAAUCCUCUUUAAAAACCACGCAACCGUCGGCAUCCUUCAGACCGCACACACGAGGCGAUUUUCUCAAUCUGUCUGAUUUCUUACUUCUGAAUAAAUUACGUUUCCUACAGAGAA